AUUUUUCACGGCCGGACGAGAACAGAUAUGGUGGCUCAGUGAAUGCAUGGUGCGCUCCGUACACGUUGCGUGGUGUGGCCUUUCGAUCUCCGCUUAUUUAUUUUAAUUUCUUUCUUGGUUUUCUCUUAGACCCCCUUUGGAACGCGUCUUCCCGCUGACUCGACACCACGAUGGCAGACUCGAGUUUAGACCAAUUCUUCGCGAAGAAGGACAAGAGCAAGAAAAAGACCAAAGGAAUGGCGACGACGGACCCAAUGGGCAAGAAAACGGAAGAGGCCGGCAAGAACUCCGACAAGAGCGCCAAGAAGGACAGGGAGAAGCAAGAGAACUCUACGGGAAAGGUACCUUCGGUGAUUGCCUCGUUGGAGCAGGCCGAUGAGGAGUGGAAUGAUUUCGAAGAAGAGAAGGAGGUGGACUACAGUGGCCUCCGCAUCCAAGCACUGACCAUAACGGAGAAGGAGAAGGAAGAGGAGGCGCUUCGGGACCAGCAGGAUGAGGACGGAGAGGACGGCUGCCCGUCGUCGGGUGAUCAGCAGUCUGGCCCCUGGAAGAUGUCCGCGGCCGCCGCCCAGCAGGCCCUGGCCGCCGCCCAAGCCGAGCCGGAGCCGGAGCCAGAGGUGCCUCCCCCAAGGAUAGAGCCAGAGCCCAAGGAGGCGCCUAAAGCCGGGCAGCCCAAGGCGGCGUACGUUCCCCCACACCUCCGCUCCGGCGGCGGCAGCAGGAGCACGGCUGGCGGUCCGUCGGCGGCCCGGAGGCUUGGCGGUGGGCGCCAGACAUAUGACUUCACCAGCGAGGACCAGUUCCCAACCCUCGGUGCAGCCGUGGAGACGCCGCGCUGGGGGCCAGCACGCCAGGGACCAGAAAUGCCCGACCGCAGUUUCACGUCCGUCAAGCACGGCCUGCGGAACCGGGAGGACCCCUCGCAGCAGCACAUCCAGCUGGACUUGGAGAACAAGUACUCCGCCCUACAUCAAGGCGACGGAAACUAGGACCUCGCUUUCUUCUCCUUUUCCGGGGCGCACGCCUCCUCCUCUCCUGUCGAGCGAGCCAGGACUACACAAGAGCAACCAACUUCUUGCGAGAAAAGAGUUAUUUUUUUCACCCACACUAAUUUUACUACUCCUUUGUCGCGUUUGUCACACCAAACGAAACUGCCAGGCCACGAAUGUCUCGUUGAGCGGUAACGGGAGAUGUGUAACAUGACAGCGAGGUUCCUCAGUCUACGGGGACUCAGUUGCGAGUGUCGCAGAGGCCGGCCGUAUAGUUCGUGCAGAAGCUGGGUUCGAGAGAUGAUCUGAGGGGCGGCUUUUCGCACUUGGCGCCCCUUUGUCCCAGGUACUGGCCGACUUUCACUUCCCUCUGUCGCUGGGAGCUCUCUAUUCUCUCCUCUUGCAGCGGCAGAUUCUUCCGACAGAAUUUCGGCACUGAAGGACUGUGCUGGAAGACAGAAUGCAGUUGUUUUUUUUUGUCUGGUGUGUGUGCGUGGUCUGCGCUGUGAACUGGAAGUGUUCUUUUUUUCCCGAGGAUGACGGCGUCGCGCGGACAACCGGAGUAUUUGUCCGUUCUUUGGCUUCUUGAAGCCCCCCGUGUUUGUAUAAGAGACAUAGAGUUUUAGGGCUGUUGGCAGACCAGUUUUGGCGUGGGUGCAAGAUUGAAAGGUUCGCAAAACGUGUAGGUUCUUUUUUUUUAACUGUUUGGUGUUAGGUGUCUGGUUGCCCAUGCAGUUGCUUUAUUUGUUGAGUUAACAAAGUGAGUGAUUGGCCUAUUGCUGUUGCGCUCACUAACAAGCGUUACAUUUGCUGUAUACUUCUAGUGUGAGAGUCUGGCUGCUCAAAGUUAAUUUUGCAAGUGUUCUCGAGACGCUUAGGAGAGAUUGGAAUGAAUGGCAAUUUGUAUUUUUAAUUUGUUAUAUCUUCCUGUUGGUACCUAGUAUGAAAUAUGCUUGUGAUGCUAAGGUAUAGUGGCAGAGAUGCACAUACUGAAAAUGAGAAGAAAAAAGUGGAAUUAUAACUUCUGGUGACAUCCUACAUUGAAGAAUUCUGUACCCUAAUGGUAUUUGGUGCUUUUUCUCUAUGUAGGUGUCAUGAAAGGAAGUAAAUUGAAUUUGCUUCUA